UCAUGUCCUAAACCUUACCUAACCUUAUUAAAAAAAUUAAGCACAAUAAAAAAUACCCUUUAUAGCCUUUACUCUCACCAUACACCAUAACAUGUUUUUUUUAAUUAAAACCUUUCUAUGAUUUGCUCUCUACAUUAUUUUUUAAUUUAGACAAAAAAAAAACUUUGUAUAUAUAUACUUGAACAACAACACAUUAUUUUCUCACCUUAAUCAACCAUAACACUUCACUACAAAGUGUUAUCUUAUCAAACUCAACUGAAAUGGCUAUAGAGAAGGAAGUAAGUGGUCAAGUCCAAUGGAGUAUAAGAAUCAAUGAUGACUCAACCAAAGUUUUGGCACCAGAAAAAGGCCUUCUCAGCAAAUUUUUUCUUGGUCUGAAAGGUCUAAUCAUAUGGAUAUUUUCGAAACCUGCGAAAUUCUUCCAUAAUGCUUGGAAAAUAGGCUGCAAUGAUCCAAGAAAAGUUAUCCAUUGCUUGAAAGUUGGUAUAGCUCUUACUGCUGUUUCUUUCUUCUAUUAUAUGAGGCCUCUUUAUGAUGGUGUUGGAGGAACUGCUAUGUGGGCAGUUAUGACAGUUGUUGUAGUUUUCGAAAAUACAGUUGGUGCAACACUUUGUAAGUGUUUGAACAGAAUUUGUGGGACAUUUUUAGCUGGAUUUGUAGCCAUUGGUGUCCAUUGGAUUGCUAGACAUUCAGGAGAUAAAGUUGAGCCUUUCAUAGUGGGAGUUUCUGUAUUUAUUUUAGCUUCUGCAGCAACUUUCUCUAGAUUUAUUCCAUCAGUAAAAUCAAGAUUUGAUUAUGGAACUAUGAUCUUCAUCCUCACUUUCAGCUUUGUUUCGAUUUCGGGUUAUCGAGUUGAUAAGCUAUUCGAUUUAGCUCAUCAAAGAUUAUCAACCAUAAUCAUUGGAACUUCAUUGUGUAUUCUUGUAAUUAUGACUGUUUGUCCCAUUUGGGCUGGCCAAGAACUCCAUACACUCAUCAAUAGGAACAUGGACAAACUUGGUGACUCACUUGAUGGUUGUAUAGCUGAUUACUUUAGUGGUAACAACAAUAAAGAAUCUGAGAAAAGUUACAAAUGUGUACUGAGUUCAAAAGCUGCAGAAGAUACUAUGGCUAAUUUUGCUAGGUGGGAACCUGCACAUGGCCGAUUUAACUUUCGACAUCCAUGGAAUCAAUACCUUGAAAUCGCUGCAGCAAUGCGAGGCUGCGCUUAUUGCAUUGAAGCUUUCAAUGGUUGCAUCAAAUCUGAAAAUAAGGCACCAGAGCAACUGAAGAAGCAAUUGAGCAACAUUUGUUUAGAAGUAAGCUCAAACUCAACAAGUGUUAUGAAAGAGCUAGCUACCAUUUUGAAGACUAUGAAGAAAUCAUCAAGAUUGGAUUUUUUAGUUGAACAAAUGAACACUUCAGUUGAAGAGCUACAAAAUGACUUGAAAUCUCUUCCUGGUGUGUCAACUCCUCUGCCUCUACCACUCCCCGAAAAUUCAACUCCAAAACUCGAGGCGAAUGAUGAUGAUUCGAGUAAUGUUGCAGCCUCAGUUCCAGUCUCAGUUCCUCUCAUGGAGAUAAUUCCUUUGGUGACAUUAACAUCUUUGUUGAUUGAAAUCACAGUGAGGAUCAAAAGCACAGUUAAAUCAGUUGAAAAACUUGCUGACUUGGCUCAUUUUCAGCCUAUGACUGAUGAGAAGUUGAAAAAAAGUGACAAUAACAAGAACAAGAAUAAAGUGAUUGAGAAAGAUCAACAUAAAGAAGAAGAUGAAACUAUGAGAACCCUUCAAAGGGUUUAGAUUAUUUUAGUUAUGUAUAUCUAUUUUGCAUAAAUAUGAUCUAAUUUUGGAUACAAAUAUAGGGGUAUGAUUUUGUUCUGUGAUGUAAUUUCACGGAAUAUAUUCCGUGGUACAUUAGAUGGGGUCUCAGGAUUCAUUAAAUGAGUGUCAGGGUACGAUUCUACUUUUUAACCCUAAUUACCCCUAGAUUAAUCUCAGUCGUCAGAUCAAAUAACUCCCUCAUCUAAUGGUUGUCGUACAUCACGGAUUACAAUCCGUGAAAGUACAAUAACAGGACAAAAUCAUAUCCCUACAAAUAUAUAUUAAUAUUAUUGGUCAAUAUCAAGAAGAUUGUGAUAAGUACUACUUGUCUUGACUAUUCCCAUUUAACAAACUUUUCUUAUCACAUGAUUUGUUGAUGUGUGAUAACAUGGAUUGUUUGAAUGAACUCCAAGGAAUAAUUAUCAAAGGUUUGAACUUUAUUGUAAUUAUGAAAGAAUAGUAAGAAUCUUUGCUUUA